UGGGCGGGGUGGGGGUUCGAAGCCUGUCCUGGAAUCCGGCCCUGUUUACCGGCUUCUGUCAGGCCGAGCAUUGAUUCAGGGAGCGGGAGGGUUCGGCAUCGGUUUCAGCCGCCGGCCUCAGCGUUGGAUACAGGGAGAGAGGGAGUGGCUCAUUUCCCGGUGCUGUUAGCACCGGAGAGCGGCCUGACCGGUGGUAACAUGAAGAUCUGGAGCUCGGAGCACUUGUUUAGUCAUCCAUGGGAGACGGUCAUCAAAGCUGCAAUGCGGAAAUACCCUAAUCCCAUGAACCCCAACGUGGUGGGAGUGGAUGUGUUGGAGAGAAAUCUCGAUACUCAAGGAAGAUUGCAUAGCCAACGUCUGUUGAGUACAGAGUGGGGACUUCCCAGCAUUGUUAUGGCUAUCCUAGGUACAAGCAGGACCACUACGUAUAUUAAAGAACAUUCUGUUGUAGAUCCAGUUGAACGGACAAUGGAACUUAGUUCUUCUAAUAUAACUCUCAGUAACCUUGUAUCAGUUGAUGAAAGACUGAUAUAUCGACCUCAUCCUGAGAAUCCAGAAAAGACCAUUUUGACCCAGGAGGCAAUAAUCACAGUGAAAGGAGUUAUUUUAAGUAACUAUUUGGAAGGAUUAAUGGCCAGCACAAUUUCUGCUAAUGCUGGAAAGGGCUGCAAAACAAUAGUGUGGGUGUUAGACGAGAUAAAUAUGGAGAAUGAAGAAUUGACAACGUCUGUCCAAGAAAAUAUGAAGUUUGCAAUGGCCGCGGCAGCUGCCAAAGAUUUAUGGUUAGCUUUUGCUGUGCCACCCUUUGACAUCUGUUCAGGAAAUUCACUUAGUAACUUGCGUUCUGUGUCAUUUUAAGGUGCAACUCAUGCCUUUUUUCAGAGAGAAGAAUAUAAGCUACAAAGUUGACCUUGAAUGUAUCAAACAACUUUCAAACCUUUUCAGUUUCUUAAAAUAAAACAACCAGCAGGCAAGCCUGUGAAUAUGGGAUGCCACAUUUGGGAUUCUUUAUUAAAAAAUUAUGUUUUUGUAACAUCCUUCACUAGUCAAACUUCAGAUCUACAUAGAUAAAUCAGCAUGGUACAUGUGAAAAAGACUUAUUCUCACAAUGGAGUUGGAGAUGAUGGACAAACAUAUACACUUGAAUUAUGCACUGUCUUGUAUUUGAUGCAAUGCAUUGGACUAAUACUUGAAUGUGGAGUUGUUAAAGCAUCAUUGCCUUAGGCUUUGAAUCAAUAAAAUGAAGUGUAUGUAUUUCGGAAUUACGUUUACAUGGUCUUGCAACCUUACAUCAGCAAGUUUUAUAACUUUUUUUAAAAUCAGUGUUUAGGUUGGAAUUUAGGUGUGUAAUUUUUGAGGAAGAUCUAUCCAUAUGAGAUGUGAUAUGGAGUGAGCAGGGGUGCAGGCUGGAGAUCCUGAAGCACAUUAUUAAUACCUUACUCCUAAACUUGGUUUCAAACUCAUUUCUGAUUAAGUCAUCUGAAGUACGUUGACUGAAUUGGAACUAUCAAUGUGAGCUCUAUCAAUGUCACUCUGACCAAUGAUUCUCAAAUUGACUUAUGUUGAAGUGGUUAUGAAAGUGUAAAGCUACUCUGUGACAGUUAUGUUUCAGUCAUAUUUGGGUAAUUUCCUUUCUAUCAAAACAGGUCAGUUGCCAUGCUUCCAUUGUAUUGGGGUUGAAGGAUUAUUGUGCAAAUCUACUUUUGUAAACUUCCCCAGCACUCAGUGCUUGUCAUUUGAACUAAUUUUACAUAUUACAAGAAAGCCAUCUUUUUUAUACACAACUAGUCGCGUACACAUUGCAUUACUCAAAUUCUAUUCUUGUCAGUAUAUAAUCACACAAGCAGAUGUCUCCAAUCCCAGGUAUCUAUCUUUACUCACCCAAGCAGGGCUUCUUUAUCUCAUUCUAGUCUGGCUCUAUGCCUGGCAACUGUUUGUGUUUACCUUGUCUAUUUAUCCUCAUCACCCCCUUCUGUCUCCUGACCAGUUAAUUCCUUAUGAUCCCUGAGGUCUUUCUGGAGAGUUCUGCUGAUAUCAGCCCUGUGGUGUACAAGGUUCGUCUGGAGAAUUGUGCUAACCUUUGGUUUUACUAAAAACAUAGAAAUCCCUGCUUAACUCUUACAGCAGAAUGACAUCUAAUGGGAAACAUUUUGUUUUGGGUUUUGCAAGCUUGGGCUGGUCGAGUAUGGUCUGUACCCUAUAACAAACUGAAGGAACAUGCUGCUUGAUUUGAUCAGCUAAUUUUUGGGACAUACAACCCACAUACCUGGCAUCACACCAGCAGUGAAAUUCAUACACAAUGUUGCUCAAUUGGGGAUGGGGAGGUCAGUUCUCAGCAGAGUGGGUGGAUAAGGACUCUGCAGGGAGUAGU